CGGAAUAUCCAAAACAAUCCAAAGAUUCAAAAGUGCAAUAAAAACAAACAAACACACACACACACACACACACACAAAAUCGUUUUGAUUUUGAUGAACGAACAACAAAAUAAAAUAACUUGAUUUUGAGGGAGUUGACGGAGCAAAGUGAUUAAUCAUUUUAGUGGAUCGUUUUGUUGAAACUUUUUGAAACGUUUAAAUCUUACUUGAAAAAUUGAAGAGCUUGUAUAUUGCCCCCUAAUAUUUAGACUAAGCAUUAUGACCCAAAACAAAUGUUUGAUAAAUCAACGUAUUAUAACAAGAUCCUUGCGAAAAGAAGGCCUGUACUAAUAUUGCUAUAAGACAAUUCAAGGAGACAAAAUCAGAAGUCAUCAAGUGAAAAUAAACAACAACAACAAAAAUUACAAGUGAUUAUUGCGACACAAAGUACAAACAAAAAGAGAUACCAAAUAUUAACAAAUAACCGGGUUUAAUUACAAUAAAGCAAAUAAUAAAAAAACAAAUAAAAAAUAAAAAUUGCAAGUAAAACCGAUUGCAAGGAGCACAUCAGAUCCUUUGAAUUAACAUAUAUACGAUAAAGAUAAUCCAAGACGUUGCCACAUCAAGUCACAUAUAUGAGUAACAGUGCAAUGGUUGCCGUAGCUAUUUGUUGUAUACUGGUUUUGUUGGCCGUAUUCAUCAUUAUAAUCAUAGUGGUUGGACAAACGAUCGAGGAGCCCAAGUGAGAUAAACUUCAAUUGGGGCCUGGCUAUUAUCCAACCGAUGGAUAACACCGGCCUCCAAAACGUUGCUAAUGCACCGUUUACGUGUGUCGAACGAGAUAGUGUGUGCGUACUAAAGAAGAAGACAAAGAAAAAGAAGAAACGAAUCAACAGAACAGCGUGCAAUGGCUUCGAUUCACAUUCGCCUAUGUUGAAUUGGAGCUCAAUCCGAUUGGCAUUUACGCAACGGUAGACGUCUUCGAAUCCUCUCAACAAUUUCAUUCAUUUGACUGCAAUUAGAGCUCAAUUGGAUGUUAUAUGGUUGCUUUUUUGUAUGCCUUGCGCAUGGAAGCCACUCAAACUGCUUCGUUCACCAUUUCAAUCAUUAAUAUAUUUAUCAAAUCAGCUGGACGCAUCAGAUCAAUCUCAAUUAGUUUGCAAACAACUUUGAACAAUCGCCAAAAAACGUGAUUCGAUGACAAUAAAAUUAUACUCCAAACACUUUCUCACACACUUCCUCUUUCUCGGUUUUUUCGGCGAGCACAGAUGCACAACAGCAUUAUGAAAUAUGAACAAAAUCAUCAAUAUGCAAAUGGUUAUUGUAUAUAAUGAUGAACGCCACAGAUGCCGUAACACAUGCACAUAUUAUCGAGACGCUUAAUUUUUCUUCAUCUCCGUUAUUGAUAUCACAUGUCCUUCCCGAAGACAGACCCCGAAAACAUUCCGUAUCAGAAUAUCCGUUCGAGAAAAAAAAUCUUCAUUCGCCUCCUGCAAUCAUUUUAACAUCAUAAACUCACUCUCUCUACUACACAUAUUAAUCGUGCUGAAUACGUUCAGGAACGACAUAAAGAACAAUACCGAAGCCAUGCAUCAUUCUGAGCAUAAACUGCGUCAAAAUUGGGCCACAAAUGAAUUGGAAACACGUUCGACACUUGUUUUAUGAUCUACUUAUACACACAGACCGUGAAAAUGUCGCAUAUGGCAUUCACGCCAUUGAGAGAGUACAAAAUUUCGACUCACCCAAUGUAUCUUUGAUGUAAUAAUCUUUGAAGUAUUACAACAGUCGAAACAAAAAGUUGACAGGACAAAAAAAAUAUAAUACGAUACAUCACAUCCAAGAAUAAUGUAACUAUGUUUAAAGCGUCUACAUUAGUUGAAUGCACGAAGUGUUACAUGCGAACAUUACAAGAACAGUUGCAUUGCGGGUCGCAAUGUGUGAACAACUGUAAAACUAUUUGGAAUCUCUUGGAAAAAUACGGCUGAGCGUGUGAAAUAUGGAGUCGCGAAUUUCAUCCAUCGAAAAAACUUGUGUACUUCAAUGGCAGUAUUUACAAUCGAACAUCUAAUCGCAACAUGUAUUUCAUUUCGCUAAAUAUCAAUAUAAUAGAGUUUUCACCAUUUGUAGACAAACACACGCCAUGAAUGUAAAAUCAUUGUUCUUGGUAUUUUCCGCCUUGGCAUGAAAUUUCCAGAUUAAUUUCUACAAUUGGGAACUAUGAUGAAUUCGAGGUAUGACAAAAGCUCCGUAGAAGACUACAAACAUCCGAAUGAAAGGAAUGAAAAGAAAAAUGUACACAAACACAGUCAAAACCGAACAAGAACAUCAACAUAAACAUAAUUCAAUAAUGGCAUUUUCGACUAAUAUCUAAGCGAAUUGGAAAUAAAAUCAUACCGUCAUCGACGCGGGUUUGAGGUACAAUGUGAUGGAAAAAGGAAGAGACACAGUGUUCUGCAUAAAAAAAACGAAACAGUUGCCCCAACUUGAAUGAAUAAACUCAGGCAAUAGUUUCCCGAAAUGUGUGAUCACAUAAAUGUACUCUUUGGGUUAUACACCCAAAGCCCAAACACCAUGUAUAUAUGUACUCAUUACGUUCUGAAUGAAGCGAGCGAAUAAACAAGAAAGAGUGAGUGAGAUUUGUUAAAAUUCUAUUUUGAUUGAUACACCAGCGGCUGCUAAGCAUGUGGUAAACAACAAAAAGGUGCCUAAUGACGUGUUAAGCGAACAGGAAAGAAGAAGAAGCGAAAACCUGUAUAAAAUCUGACACAAAUUGUUUCGGGCUUCGUCGAUUUGAAUACAGAAUAAAUCCAUUAUUAUAGCCGACUUCGAAUUGUACUUUCUUUCGCUCUCCAUCGCGUCGAACAUUUCGUCUUCUUCGUCAUAUUUAUUAUUGGCAACACGUGUACAAAACGGAUAGACAUUAUUUACACUGAGAUGAUACUCCGCGGGCACAGAGAUUUGUGUGCGCACUGGCAAACAAAGACAGUGAGAUUUGAAAGCUAGAUGGCAAGGCAAGUGAACGAAUGAAACGGCUCAUCACCGUUUUUUUUUCAUCGAUCUGAGCUUAUAUUAGGUUCACCUAUAUGCAUUCAAUUCCAAGCGUUUCAAACAUAUUCAAAUGAAAUCCAUUCAAACAAAUGAUGAACCCUCAAAGGCGAAAAUAUUGGCAAAACACCGAUACACACAAAAAUGACUGACACAUAAAACGGAAAAUGGAGAUAAAUGCCAAAUGCGUGCACAAAAUACUAAUACAAACAUCACAAUGAGAGCCAAGCGACGGACGAAAUGAUGGGAAUGAAAGUAAAAAAAAAUUGAGAGAGAGAGAGAGAGAGAGAGAGAGAGAGAGAGAGGGAGAAAAAAGGAAAGUGUGGCAUCAAGAGCAAAAGCGACAACUUUUACCAAAUGAACGACAACGUCGAGGCAAUGUGCUAAAAAUCAAUACACAUGACACGAAAGCAUAUAUACUAUAAGGCACGAGACUAAUAAAAAGACCAUGAUUUAUGUCAUGCUGAAUCGCCGGGGAUGAUGAGACGGAGAAAGGGAGAUAGCAAAUAGAUUGAAUGAGAAAGAGAAAAAGAGUUUGGAGGAUGGCGGAAAGCAAGAGAGAUGUAGUUGGCCAAACGAAAUGACAGGAAAUCGGCCCAAGUAAAUCAAGCUACGAUAUAAUCUCCAUAAAAUUUACAUUUGGAAUCUGCACGCAUACGUUGCCUACACACACACACACACACACACACACACACACACACACACACACACAGUUCAAUCGAAUAAAAAUCAACAUAAAACGGAUUUUAUGUGAAUUAAGGGGAAAUUUUUUUUUAAAUGAACUUCGAUUAAUGAGUCCAAUAAACUCCAUCAACACAACCAGACAAACAGUCUAAUUAGCAUAUAUACAUAAAUGUUGUCCCAAAACACAAUUCUCAAAGCAAUCUUCAAACAAUAAAACUGAAAUGAACCAGCAUUUUACCGGGAAAAUAGAGAACAACAACAAAAAAUGCCAAAAAGUUACAAUUGAUACAAAAAAAAACAUAAAAAUACAAAAAAAAUUAAAUAAAUGUGUGUAUUUUGAUGGUAUUUAUACUUGUACCUCUUUAAAUGAAUCACUUAUAAAUUAUAACUGUUGGCUGUUAGUGAUGUUCAUUGUUCAUAUUUACAAACCGUGUUAAAACCAAAAAAAAAGUGUUAUACAUAAAAUAUACACAUAUACUAAAAUAAAUUCUAUUUAGAGACACUACUCUAUAGAAAGAAGGUCUAUAGAAGAAUGGAACUUAAAUACAACAACAGCGACAAAUCAAGUCAAAAUCAACAAAGAAACCAUAAAACAAAUUGAAGAUAAAACCAAAACUCAAACAUCGUAUAAAAAAUAGAGAUUUCAUGUAGAGGUUAUUUUUUAAGUCAAAGCAUGACAAAAAAAAAAACAAUUCAAAAAUAAACCAUUAAUGAAUACGGGACAUUUAACAAUGAUAAAUACAAAAUAAUAAACCAAAAAAAUAAAUAAAUAAAUAAAUAGAGAAAACUCACAAAAAAAUUAUAAAAAAUUGUUAAGUUUUUAAAUGUUGAAUAUUAAUUAGUAAAUGUUGUAAAAUACUAGCUCCAAAUUUAAUGACAAGAGAGCAAGCACACAAUAAACAGCAGCAAUUGCAGAAAAAAUAGACUGAACUUUUUAUAUUCAAUUGAACAUAAAAGAUAUUUAAAAAAAAAAAACAAAACAAAAAAGAGAAGAAGAAUAAAAAGUAACAUGAAUAAAUAAUAAUGAAAAAAACAAUGAACUAUUUUCGUGGAAAC